GCUAAGCCAUUUCUUGGUUUGGCUGUAUCCUACCCCAGCCAUACCCUGAUCAUGGUUAAAGGCUGUGUUGUGGGAGUCAAGAAGAGGGUGCUGACUCAGCGCAAGUCUCUGCUUGUGCAGACCAACCGUCGUGCCAUGGAGAAGAUCGACCUGAAGUUCAUCGACACCACUUCCAAGUUUGGCCGCUUCCAGAGCGUGAAGGAGAAGAAGGCGUUAGUGUCUCACCGUAAAUGUUCGGGUCCCCGCCACGGGUCCCUGGGCUUCUUGCCCCGCAAGAGGAGCCGUCAUCGUGGUAAGGCGAAGAGCUUCCCCAAGGAUGACCCCACCAAGCCCGUGCACCUGACCGCCUUCCUGGGCUACAAGGCCGGCAUGACCCACGUCGUCCGCGAGGUCGACCGACCUGGCUCAAAGGUGAACAAGAAGGAAGUGGUUGAGGCUGUGACCAUUCUUGAGACCCCUCCCUUGAUUGUUGUUGGUUACGUCAGCACACCCCUUGGCCUGCGUUCCUUCAAGACUAUCUUCGCUGAGCACCUCAGUGAAGAGUGCAAGCGUCGAUUCUACAGGAACUGGUACAAGUCCAAGAAGAAGGCCUUCACCAAAUACUGCAAGAAAUGGCAGGAUGAUGGGGGCAAGAAGCAGCUGGAGAAGGACUUUGAAUCAAAUUCUGUGGGAAACACUGGUUCCAUGAAGAAGUACUGCCAGGUUAUCCGCAUUGUUGCGCACACACAGAUGCGCCUGCUGCCCAUUGCGCAGAAGAAGUCUCAUCUGAUGGAGCUGCAGCUGAACGGAGGCAGCAUCUCUGACAAGGUGGACUGGGCCCGUGAGAAGCUGGAACAGGCCGUGCCUGUUAACAACGUCUUCACCCAGGACGAGAUGAUCGAUGUUAUUGGCAUCACCAAGGGUCACGGAUACAAGGGUGUCACCAGCCGUUGGCACACAAAGAAGCUUCCUCACAAGACCUACCGUACGCUCCGUAAGGUUGCCUGUAUUGGUGCCUGGCAUCCUUCCCGUGUUGCCUUCUCUGUGGCCCGUGCUGGUCAGAAGGGAUACCGGUAUGCAUCCCUAACCACCGCACAGAUCUACAAGAUUGGCCUGGGCUUCCACACCAAGGAUGGCAAGCUGGUGGAGAACAAUGCUUCCACAGAGUAUGAUCUGUCAAACAAGAGCAUCAACCCUCUGGUGAGUGACAGUCAUGGGAAUUGUCCUGUUGAAGUCCUCUUGCCUGGAAGCAGAAGAUGUGACUCACUUUAUUUAUAGUUAAGUCAUUCCCUUUUUAAAAAGACCUAUUCUACAAUAAUCCUGAUGUCAAAUCUGGUUUGAAUGUAUAUCCCGGGGAAACCCUCACAAGAAACACCGGCUGUUGUUAUGCCUG